UAAAAUUAAAUAAUUUAUUUAAAAUAGAUUUUAAAACCAGUUAGCUGAUUAAUCAGGUUGGUAAAGCCUGAUCUUUAUUUUUAUUGUAGGAUCGUGAUCACCUGUCAAAACUAUGGGCUUUGCGUUAAUAACAAGAUAAAUAUUCCUUUUAUUUAAUUUAUUGUUUAUAGUAAGAAGAAAGUUACAAUUGUUACAAAUUGUUACUUACGUUUAAUUACAGAUUCGUUGACAAAAUUAUCGCAGGGUUGUUAUAAUUGGUUUUCUUGUUUUGAACUCGUUUCAAUUGAAUGAAACUGAAAGUUUGUUUUAUUACACUUGUGUAAUAUUCACAACUUUAUAACAGUUUUUGUGCUAAAAUAACAGUUUCACGUUUUCUAAGUGUUAAAUUAUUUAUCUUGCACCUUUUUAGGGGAAAGAAACUUGUUUCUAAGUGACAAAUGAUUAUAACUUGCACCUUUAUGGAAAGAAUUAGUGAAAUUUAUACUAUUAAUUAUUAAUCACAAAUACGACAGUUAAAAUAGCAAAAUUAUCAACUCUAAGUGUUAAAUUAUUUGUCUUGCACCUUUUUAGGGGAAAGAAACUUGUUUCUAAGUGAUAAAUAAUCUAACUUGCACCUUUUUACGGGAAAGAAUACAAUAAAUCGCGUUUUAACCGAAGGGUCGCUCUACAAUGAUACUGUCCGCACUGAACUACACCGGAACUUUUGCAAAUGGUUCUGCUUUUUACAGCAGCUUAUAUAGUUUCUAAUCUAAUGCAUUUUGGGGAUGUUAAGUGGUGGAAACAUUUUGUUUUGGGUGUUUUCACCACGCGCCGUUUUAGACACGUAUACCAUGCACCGUUUUAGUCACGUACGCCAUGCACGAUUUCAGGCACGUACGAUAUGUAAUAUGAUCUUUUUAUUCUAUUAUAUCUUCAUUUUAUUGAUUAUUUAAUUUUAUAAUUGCUAAUAGAUCCAUUAUUCGUCCAAUUCAAACAUCGAUAUGCAUAUUUAGUUCAUUAAUCGAAUCAACAAUCGAUAAUCGAUUAAUCGAUUGUCGAUAAUCGAUUUAUCUCUGAUUCGAUCAAUUUGAAUGUAUUUAUAUUUACAAUUUGGUGAUAAUGUUACACAUCGACAACUGAACGAACCAAUAAACCAAUUACCAAUUAAUUUUAUUAAUAUUAAGUAUAUGCAUUAUGAAUGCGUUUAUUCUUUUUAUAUUUUCUUUUUAUCAUGCGUCAUCUCUUUCAUUCAUGGCCUUACACUUGUCGUAAAAACAUAGUUCGUAGAUUCAUCUUACUCUUUCAUUCAUAUGAGUAGUAACAAGUGUUAAUGACUCACAUGAAUGAAAUAUUAAAAUAUUUAAUUAUGCUUUUCUAUUUUUAUGCUUUUCUAAUUUGAAAUAUAAAAUGACAAUGUAAUAUUUUUAAAUUAUGUUUUUAGGCAUGGCUAAUGUUACAUUUAUAAUAUUAUUUAAUUGAUUAUUUAAAGAAAUUAUUAAAUUUAUAAGUUUUGAAAUAUGUCGGGAUAUAACAGUCCUCCCUCCUUAAAUUGUUCAUCGUCCUCGAUGGACAUGUACUUUUAGUACAUAAAUUUUUCAUAAAUUUUACAAUUUUGCCUUUUAAUUAUAAAAGAUGUAAUGUUGCUGACGAAGAACAUUUUGAGUUAAGUGUAAUAGAUAAGUGUUUAAAUUAUACAUCAUGUGCAGUACGUGUUCAAAAUUGAGAAUGGCGAAGAAGAAGGUAAGUUGUUUUCAAAACAUGGUUUCUCGGGUAUCCCUCGGUCCAACUGAGUUGUUCAAAAUCGUGAGAAUCUUCAUGCUCAUCAAAUUUUUGACUGAUGAUAUCAGGAUCUGUCGUCCCCACUUAUACUGUUGAAGUCCUUUGUAAUUAGUUCUUCAUUAGCUAUGAGUGAUAACAGUUCAGUUAGUGACGCUUCCACGGUUGAUUUGGUUGAUUUUUAUGUUCAAACAAUGAGACCAGUUCCUCUAUUGUUAAAUCGAGAUGUUUCUCAUGGUAAUAGUGUUUUUUGAUUAGUUUUGUUUUGUUUUAAUUUGUGUGUGUUUUCAUUGUUUCCUUUUUUUUUUAUUCUUUAUUUAUAAUAUGAGUGAUUCUAUUGAAGAGAUUGACAAUGAUGUGUCAGAUUAUGUGGACUUAUUUGAUCUCAAUGUUCUUGAACCAUUGAGAAAUACUGAUAACAUUCAAGCAACUGUGAUGCCACAAGUGGAAAAUGUGACAGUUAGGGAAAUUGAUCCUGUUCCUUCUACUUCAAGAUCAGAAGGACAUUGGCACGCAUCGAAUAUUCCAAUAGAUGUUCCGAUAAUUCCACAGUUGGAUCAUUUAUUGACUGCUAACGUAUCCAGACAAAGACUUAUAGGACUACGCAUGGUGGAAUUGGAAGAACGUAUGGGCAUUUUUCAAUUUGCUAUAUGGAAAAUGCCUGUCGAGGGAGCAGCAGAAACAGUGCGUCGUUUGAUUAGUGAUAUCACAGGCAUUGAAUAUUCUUUAAAUGAAUUUAUAAUUGUGAGUGCCUUAGACGCGAAUCGACAAGGUGUUUUAGUGCGUGUCUCGACUGCUAGUUUAAAACAAUUAAUUUUUAACUGUAAAAUGUUGCUGAUAUUCCGGGGAUACAAUAUUGACUAUUUAUUUUCUCAAUAGUGCCUUUUCUCGUCGGCCCUUCAAAAUAGAACUAUUGGCUCAAAUAAUUUUUGGCGUUACUGAAUUACACAGGAUAUCCCGGGAAAUAAAAGAGUUAAGAUGUUCCCGAGGAUUUAUUCCAAAUUAUCGGAUGAUAAGAUGUCCUGACUCGCAGCUGAAAGUUGUUUUUCGCAAGGUGUCAGCCUCUUGGUCGGUGGUGAAAGGGGAUUCGAGGAAAUCGAGAAAAUUGAAAACUUUUAAGUCGAAAUUGGAAAAAAGAUUGAUGCGUUUGGUCACAGCCCUUAUUGUAUCAUCACAAAAUAGGACGAAUCUCAUAAGGUAAUUUAUGAAUCUAUAUUUAUUUCUUCUCUCUCAUUUGUGAAUUAUUUGAAAUUUUAUAGAUCGUGUUUUCUCCUUUUAUUUCAGUUUGCGGGGUAAGAACGGACGUUUCUGUCGUUGUGGAAAAUUCGUCUUGAUAGAUCGGAGACAUUCGAUAUGUGCUUGUGGUGGUGACGUCGCAAUCCUAACGAGGGUUGAAUCCGAUGAAGAAGAGAUAGACGUAGUGAAUUAAUUAUUACGAAUUAUUUUAUAUAUAUAAUUUUAUACACAAACCUAUACAUAUUCACAAACAUGCACACAUAUAUAUACUUUCUAACAAUAAUUCAUUUUAUAAUAAAUUUAUUUAACGUGACAUCAUCGGUGUUUUACUUUGUUUCCUUGUGUCUUUUG